AUGCGGGAGAUUUCUCUCCUCACAACACAACAAUCAACUAUCGUUUGCUUCAUCAAGCACUACCUCAACCGCAACGUUUGCGCCGACUUAUGGGCCAUUCAUCGUGACCGGGAACCGCAACAAGCUCUCCUUCAGCAAGCCACGAGUCUUGGACAUUCCGUCAGCCGCCGGCGGCCGACUGACCUGACGCCAGAACAGGCUGCAGAGCUCAAGAAGCACCCAAGGUACCAGCGCUUGGACAAAGAGUGGAAAGCGACGCCUCCGAAAUCAGAACGGAGAAAAGAGCUCGGCAAAAAACGCAAGGCCCUUUGGACAAGGAUGCGAAAGUCGAAGCUUUCCAAGAUACGAGAGGAGUGGAGCAAGACACAAGGAGUCGAAGAUGUCGAGCGGCAGAUCGCUGGGGAGGAUAUUACCAAGGCCUCCGAGCACACGGCUCCUGUGCGGUCUAUGGGAACAGUCCAGCAAAGGAUGUUUAACGCGAUCACAUCUCCUCUAAUCAAUGAUAUCGAGGCGCAGCUCCAGCGAAGAACCGAAGCCAUCAAGGCGCUCGUUGCGUAUUGCGACGAGGAAGAUCCCUUUGUGCCGAUGCUCGUCCGAGUCGCGAAGCCUGCUUUGAAGUCGACCUCGAAGAAGGCUCCUGAGGCUCGGAUGCAAGAGAUCAAAGAAGCGACGCUUGUCGCAUUUGGCAAGGUGCUAAAGUGCUUUCUCUGUGUUGCCAAGGCGGAGAGUCUUGGGCAGUCUCAUCCCAGAUUCGACGAUCUCUGUCGCCAGUUUUCUCGCUCGGAUCAUCUGCGCAAGCAUUUCAUCGACAUCCACUUGGAUCGCCACAGCGAGGAUGACAGUUUCGUUUGCCCGAUCUGCAAGGUGACCCUGAUUCACAAGAAACAUCUCCAGAAUCACACUGAAAAAGUACACGGCAUCAACACCAGCUGCAUCAAAAGGGAGCGUUAG